UCGGAGACCACUGGCGGUGAAGCCGCUGCCACGCGGAUUAUCACCAGAGAUGGCAAGAAACAGAAGACCGCCACUGCUGAUGCUACCGGAGCUGCACCGACUAUGAGCUUUGCGGAGUUUGUGGAAUACGUGCGUGACACGGAGACCCAACUGAAGCUGGCCUUUAAGCAGCUGGACCGCAACAAGGACAACCAGGUGGAUGCCAGUGAGAUAAGAGCGGCGAUGCGGGAGCUGGGCAUCGAGGUGGGGGAGAAGGAGGCUGCAAAGUUGUUGCGCAAGAUGGACAAGGAUGGAUCCCUGUCGAUUGACUAUGAGGAGUGGAGGGAUUUUCUCCUGCUCUCCGGCAGUUCCAACAUCAAGGACAUAUUCCAUUACUGGCGGAAGUCGUCUGCAGUGGAUAUUGGUGAGGGCAUUCUGGUCCCUGAUGACUUUACUGAGGAGGAGAAAAAGUCUGGCGAGGCGUGGAAGACACUGUUGGCUGGAGGUAGGCACAGGCUGCUCUUGAAAGUAGGCUUUUUUGAUGGGACAAUUAAGUGGGAACUAAAACCCGUAAUCGAACACUAG